CUAUUUAUAAAAGCCCAGACCGCAGCAGAUCUGAAGCGAAGCUGCAGCCUKGCCGACUCUGUCUGGAUCCGCAGGUCUGCAGCGAGAGCAGCCCGGAGAACACAUCCAGAUGCCUCCCCGCUUCCUGCCCUCCUGUUCUCCCCAGCAGACGCACAGCCGCGGCUCCCUGCCUCCGCGCUAGCAGAGGCUGCAUGCAUGGCAGCAUCCCUGCAGCAGAGAGGAGGGGAGAGGCCAGUCCGACCUGAGUGACAGCCAACCUGGAGUGAGGUCAGAUGUGUUUCUGUGUUGGCUGUAUGGAUGGACAGGCAGCUUGUCCAAGCUAGCCUGCAGCUAACUGCAGUGACCAUGCUGACGUCCUGCGUGUCCACUGCUGACAGGCUGUGAAACCGGUUUCAGCCACAUUAUGACUAAAUUAGCAGCUUCUGGGGCGGGGGAACCCCCCCCAUCCUACAUUAUUUUUCUGGUGGUCUUCCUCUUCUUCCUGACGGGUCUGCUGGGCUUCCUUAUCUGUCAUCUGCUGAAGAAGAGGGGCUACCACUGCAGAACCGGAGACCUGGAGGAUGAAGAGGAAAAGCUUGGGGAAGAUGAAGAUGAUGAGAACGACGAGAACCAGGACACCGUGGAGCAGAUUCUUAAAUGCAUUAUGGAAAAUGAAGCCAACAUGGAAGCCUUCAAUGAGAUGCUGGGAAACCAUAACGUCUGCGUGCGCCAUGAUCCACGGUUGCGUAAGGAGUCUAUCGGUGGCAUUCCUCCCCAUCUCCAUACAGUCCACUCAGGGACCGACCUCAACUCCUGCCUGCUCUGCGCCCAGGUCAAAGCGAAGAGGGGCCGCAGACAAAGCAGGACACUCCGCUUCAAACAACGACCUGGAGAGCAGACCGUCUUCUCUGUUGGAAGAUUUCGGGUGACACACUCUGAUAAGAAGCUCCAGGGAAGUCCUAACCUAUUGGCUGUUUCAGGGGACCAGCUGGACCAGUCCCAAGAUAGUGAGGAGAGAAAGGAGGAUGGGUACAAUCUGAAGAAUAUGUUUAAGGAAGUCCAACUGCCUUCAGAUGGUGCCAAUGGUGUUGCUGCAAAUGUGGGGAAAAGGAAGAAGAGUGUGACCAUAUUUGGGCUGAGGAGGGGCAGUGAUCCUUUAGGUUUGAGAGUAAAAGAGAUGGUAGGAAGAGACACUGGGGGGAUUAGAUUUCAGCAGCCACCUGUUGUGAUGGAGGAACCUGUCCAGGCAGAGAGUGUAGAGGCUAAUCCAGAGCGUGGCACUAAAGCUGCUGCCAAGCUGAAUACUGAGCCUGCAUCAGCUCAACGUGAAGGUAUAGCUUCUAUUCUCAAAAAAUUCUCCAACUCUAACUCUGGUUCCCAGGAAAGUUCCAGGCUUGGCCUACAAGGAAAGAUGGCCGCAGGAACCUCUGCCCCUUCUUCCCUGCCUGUUUCACCUGGGAAAUCUGUAGAUGUCGACAGUAAGAUAGUAAAGAUUGAAGAUCCUGGACCAUUACARACCUCAACCCCCAUUGACACCAUACCUGCACCAAUUCCAGGUUUCACCUCUGCUAUGCCCACUGGUCAGUCCCAUUUGAACAAAGACUUUACGACUGCCAGAGUUUCCUCUGACCCAUGUUCCAGUCCAGAUCCAGAACCAGGUGCCAGCAGAGGCCUUGCUUUGAUAAGCUUGGGUUCAUCUCCUGCAUCUUCCUUCCAAAACAAGACUUUUUCAUCUGUCUUGUCAUUAAAAACGCCUACCUCAUCCCUGGCAGAGUCACCAAGCCCCAAAAGCAGAUUGGAGAGCAGCUUAACAGAGGCUACCAAGAGCAAACCAUUAUCACCACUCGCCCUAUGUCCUUCUCCAACUGUAGCCUCACCCCAUUCAACCUUAAAGUCAGAAUGUUUGACUUCUCUAAGAUCUACGACCCAUGGAGAUUUACAUCCAAGUUCACAUUCCACGAAGGAACACAAGCUUGAAGGACAGACUGAAGAAAAGAUAGAAAAAAAGAGACCUGGAAUCCUAAAGACACCCAAACUGUCUCCAGUUGCAGCAGGAGAUCCAGCGUCUUUGUCUGAGCAGGUUUUAAAAGACAGACUGGGCAGUUUACCUUUGACGCCCCCCAGCCCGUUGUCCCCAUCCUCACUUCAAGGAGGGAGAGUAAGUAGUGUUACAAUUGUUAAAGCCAGUCCUGACAGCAAGAGGGAGUUCUCUGUCGUCACUAUGGUGGACAAAGAAGAGGCAUCCUCAUCGGACCAGAGGUUGAAGAGUUCCCAAGAUGGAUUUAAAUCAGAGAGAGAGGAAACAAACCCCACUGUUAGAAAGCAAGAACAGAUUUUUAUUGGUGAAUCUGAGACUCAGAGAAAGGAAACCUCAGGAGUAGAAACCAGAUCAUAUCCAGGUCAAGACAAGGAUGACAUGAUGGAGAUGGAAGACAUUAGAGACUGCAAGGUGACACAAGUGGAAGGAGCUGAAGGGCCGAGAGGGGACACUGACAAGAUGUUGGAUAACCAAUCACUACAGAACCCAGAAGAAAAGUGCCAAGAUGAUGAAGAGUCGACUGCAUCCAGAAAUGACCCAAGCAGAGAGACAAGCGAUACCACAAACUGAACUACAUUCAAAGACAAGUGAUAAGAUUAAUGACAAAAUACUAUGAUGAGCAUUCUUUUAUUCAUUUAACUUCAGAUUAUUUUUUUGGAAAAGUGUUUUUCCCUUUCUUGCCAUAAGAGUGAAACUGACACCAGACCUUCAUAUUUAUAUUAAUGUAAAAGUUAUGGUUUGUUAAUAUCAGCUUUGUUCUAUCAGUUUACCACUAACCACCAUACCACCAAUGGGCUAAUGGUCUGGUGUUUGGAUAUGCAUGAACAAUGCCCCUGGCAUUCACCUCCUUACUAACAGUUUAAGAGUUUCACUUAAUGCCCUGAAAUGUGUCUGAACAUUGGAGUGACUGGAGUAACGUUUGUCCACACAUGUACUGUAUGUCAUAUUAUAACCUCUCCACAGAACUACACCGUUGUCUCCAGGUCUGUUCGGGAUUUUGCCUUAGUAUCAUGCGUAAUUCACACAUGUUCCAAAGAACCAUGAAGAGUGAUGUAGUUGGUCUUUCAAUACGAGUAAAAUUAUCCAGUUAGGGAAAAUGUUGGGAUCCUUUGCUUUAAUAUCCUGUUGGCAGCUAUUUUCUGUGCUGUCGAAUAUUUCCUGAUAACUUCUUCAGUACAAGUUUCACAAACUUUAGGUCAAGCCUCCAAAGAGUACAGCAUUUUUUAUUGAAACAGUUUCUGUGUUUCCAUUACAAAUGUGUGCAAAACUUUGUCGAUGUAAAUAGACCCCMCACAAUUUCGCAAUAGUGGUAUUUCCACUAGAUCAACGUAAUUAAAACCACAUCUGAAUAAUCCUGUUCAUGUGAUAAUGUUAUCAUCCUCCUACCACUUUCUGUGGAUUAGAAGACAAUGGACUUUUGCAGUGUUACCAUUGGACCGAGGGCUGUGAAAACAGACAACAAAAAAAAUUAUUCUCUAUUAUUCCACUGAGUUUUUUUAAUUGGUAUCCUUUAAAGAAAUUUUGUUAUUCCAAUUUGCACAAUUUUAUUUUCAAUGGAAACACAGCUACUGACAGCAGAGGUCUUAAGCGAAGUCCCAAGUAAAGACAUUCAGGUGCAAAGUCAAGAUCAAGAGUUAAGUUCAUGUUCUAAGUUCUUAGUUUUUCCAUUCUUACCAAGUCAUUUUACCAAAUAUGUCAUUCAGGUUCAGAGUAAUAACACUUGACUUAAACUACAACUACCUAAAAAAGGUAGAUUUAUUUGCCAAAGUGAGCAAAUUUAAACAAAUGAGUUAAAAAUGGAAAUGUAUUUACUUUAAGGCUGAUGUUACUCCAGAGUGUCAGCAUGCACAUGCAUGUUUAAUGUAUAAAUUAAAUAAAAACUAAAUGCAACAAAAGAUGUCUCCCAAAAUAUAGUUUUAGUUACUCAUCUAAUUUGUGAAGUAAUAAUUUGUGUAUUGUUUGCAUGUAUGAGGAUGAAAACUGAGAGGAAGGAAGAAACCCAACACUUACAUAAAGUCAAAGACCUUAACAGAAAUCCUGUUGAAUGAAUCAAACAAAGUGCAGUUAAUAUCUGUUUAUGUCUGUCUUUAGAUUGUCCAUUAUAUAUUGCACUAAAUACGGUUUGGAGAGUUUUCUUCUCUUUACUCUGAGCUGGAGACUAUAUAUGUAUGUGUGUAAUAGUGGAAAAUAAUUUUCUGUUUCCAUAUUUAAAAACUUUGUUCUCAGUUCUGAAUAAGAAAUGUAAAAAAUUUAAGGUACACAUAACAUCAUAAUGAACGAGACAAAGUGUGGGAAGUUCAUAAAUGAGUCUCGAACUUCUAAAUUAAAGAAACAGGAAGUGCUUUUAUUUUAUUGUUUCAGCUAGGUGUGUCUUAGUAGUGUUACGGCAAGUGAUUAUUAUUGUCAUUAUUAUGAAGCUACAGCUAACAUGAACAGAUUGCUAUGAGCCAUUAACAGACAUCAGCAGUUUUCCAAAGAUGUGAAUGUUUAUUAUUAUUAUUAUUUUAAUUUCUUCAGAAUAUUACAAAGAUGUCAUCAGUUGCAGAUUCUGACACAGGGUCACUUCAUUACAAAAAACCUCACCUCAAACGAAGAAAGAUUCUCCCUAACUAUGCUACAAUCCUGCUUAAGCAGACAGAGACCCUAUCACUGAUUAAAUUCAGUGGGGAAGUCAGAGAAACAGUGGUGAAAAUUCUUUAACAUUCACCACCUUAGCUCUCAUCUUCAACCCAUUCGGAUGGAUGAUUAUCGAAUUUAAUCCAGGUCAAGUUCUUUAUUACAGCAACUCAGACGUUUUGUUUAGUGCAAGAAACUGAGCUGCCAAUAAAUGGAUGUAAUACAAACUACACAAAUAAAAUGAACAUAUAAACAAUUACCAGAGGGCUUUUUCCCCCUUUUUCUUUUCUGUAACAGCAACAAUCUAUGUAGAAGGCAUACAUUCAACCACACCAGUUUCACUACAAAAUUAUUUGAUUUUACAUUAAAAUGAAUUACAAAUAUUUUGUACAAAGCACAUAAAAUAUUUUAGAAUCUACACAUGCAUAACUGCCAUUAAAUGUAGAUUUUGCCUUUGCUAAAGAAAUGUACUGUUAUGGGAUGUCGUUUGUAAAGUUUGGUAAAGAAUUAACAACAAUAACUUCACCUAUUUUAGCCAACCAUAUGAAGCAUUUUUUUCAAAGUCAUAUUUUUACUAUGUUGUUAAUUUGUUUAUACGUGUCAAAUGAUAUAUUUAAUUAGCAAGCUAAAUGUUUACUUGUAAAUCAAUUUUUUAGUUAGCCAUGUAAAUGUUUUAUUUGAAGUAACAUGUUUAGCUGAACAUUUAAUUAGCAGCAACAUAUGCAAACUAAAUAUUUAGUUUGCAGCUAGCUAUUUAUCACUAGGCUAAUUAUUUAAUUAGAAAGCCAAAUUUGUAGUUAGCAAGGUAAAUACUUUGCUUGAAGCUAAAUACUUAGUUUGAAGCUAAAUAUCUAGCUUGAAACUGAAUGUUUAUAAAAUAAUAAAUAACAUAGU